CAGCAGCAUUUCAGAAGAUUAUAACUACAAAAAUUUCCAUUCGUUUGUGUUAGGAAAAGAAAAAAAGAAGAAAGAAGAAAGAACCAAAUUCGAAAAACUGAAAAUUCUAAAUACGCCCAUCGCCCUCCACUCCAGUAGACAAAGCUUGUUCUACCGGUCGGUAAGAAUAUUUUUGAAUCGGAGAGGAAUUUGAAGAACAGCUGGGAUAUGCAGAAAUUGGGGGAAUUUAAGCUGCCCCACUUUUUCAACUAUCCACCUUAUUUUACUUUACAACCAGUUAGGGACACUCGAGAAAAGCAGGUACAACUAUGGAAAGAGCUAAUAAUUGAGUACUGCCGAGCUCAAAAAGUUUUUAUAAUCGGACUGGAGGAAGACUUUCCUCUAUUCAGCAAUUGUGCAAUUGAGAGAUCUCUUAGUCAUGAAGCUAGAGUGGCUUUUCUCUCAGCCCUUGUUUCAGACGGACGUGCAGAAUGGACAGACAAAGGUCAUAAAAAAUGUCUAAUCCUUUGGCAUCGAAUUCAAGAGUGGGCUGACUUGAUUGUGCACUUUGUGAAAGAGAACGGGUUGGAGGACAAUGUUAUGACAGUUGAAGAAAUUCGUUCAGGGACUGAAUCCCGAGGAACAGAGCUCUAUGGAAUCGACCGAUCAGUUCUAAUGCGAGCUCUGAAACUGCUAGAACACAAAGGGAAGCUUGUCAUAUUUAAAGGAACUUCUACGGAUGAUGAGGGCGUGAAAUUCUCUCUUUAGCAUCCUUGCUUCUGCCUGUUUUUGUAUUUGUAUACAGAUCUUCGACUAUGCAUUCACAGCUAGAAUUAAUCCAACAGAAAUGAGACAGCUAUUUUCUUGCGGAUAUUCAGAUGAUCCUGCACUUCACUUGAGACUAUUCAGCUCCUAUUUAUCCAAAAUUUUGAAGCUUUAUAUUGCA